AUGGCGACUUUUGCCGACUUGCCCGACUCGGUCCUGCUAGAGAUCUUCUCUUACCUCCCGGUCCGGGAUCGGAUCCGAAUCUCCAGGGUCUGUCACCACUGGAAGAAGCUGGUGGACGACCGGUGGCUGUGGCGACACGUCGACCUGACGCUCUACACGAUGCGGCCCAAAGUCAUGUGGCACCUUCUCCGCCGGUACAUGGCAUCCAGGCUCCAUUCCCUGCGGAUGGGCGGCUACCUGUUCUCAGGCUCCCAGGCUCCCCAGCUGUCCCCUGCCCUGAUGAGGGCCCUGGGUCAGAAGUGCCCCAACCUCCAGCGCCUCUGCCUGCACGUGGCCAACCUGAGCAUGGUGCCCAUCGCCAGCCUGCCCUGCACCCUGCGGACCCUGGAGCUGCACAGCUGUGAGAUCUCCAUGGCCUGGCUCCAUAAAGAGCAGGACCCCACGGUGCUGCCCCUGCUGGAGCGCAUCGUGCUGGACCGCGUCCCCGCCUUCCGCGACGAGCACCUGCAGGGCCUCACACGCUUCCGCGCCCUGCGCUCGCUGGUGCUGGGCGGCACUUACCGGGUGACCGAGACCGGGCUGGAUAUGGGCCUGCAGGAGCUGAACUAUCUGCAGAGGCUGGAGGUGCUGGGCUGUACCCUCUCGGCCGACAGCACCCUCCUGGCCAUCAGCCGCCACCUCCGAGACGUGCGUAAGAUCCGGCUGACCGUACGGGGCCUCUCGGCCCCUGGCCUAUCUGUCCUGGAGGGCAUGCCAGCCCUGGAGAGUCUGUGCCUGCUGGGGCCGCUUGUUACCCCGGAAAUGCCUUCCCCGCAGGAGAUCCUCGCCUCCUGCCUCACCAUGCCCAAGCUCAGGGUCCUUGAGCUGCAGGGACUGGGCUGGGAGGGUCAGGAGGCAGAAAGAAUCUUGUCUAAGGGGCUACCCCACUGUAUGGUCAUUGUCAGGGCCUUGCCCAAAGAGUCCAUGGACUGGUGGAUGUGA